AUGAACAUUCCUUCCGAAGACCCGUCUGAAUCAGGCCGACUUGUACAGAGCGACGACCGACCAUCAACCUUAGAAGACAGCACGUCCCGCAGAAAUCCGCGCAGUAAUGCGGCCACGGGCGCUUCGGCCGCUGGUGUACGCGCUCUCAGUGCGCAACUUGUGGCAUUUUACUUCAGAGUUCCUGUCAAGGCGUUCUUUCGCACUCGGGUUGAUUACAUGGCGUUUGCGCGAGCUGUUUACCCACAUCCAACUGGAGGCGGCCGCUGGUCACUACACACCACUACCCCAGGUUUACUCAUACAUGCAGUUCGAACAUACGGAUGGCGGUUCAUACCAAACCAGGUUAUGCCUCCACUGCUGGCUAAUGCUGGGGUCGGGGCUGUGCUAUACACAUCUUACCUCCAGAUCCUGGGAACUUUGUACGAACCUGUCUCGCGAGGUGUGAGACGCACAUAUCCACCAGCUACCCCCGCCGAUACUUUCAUAGCGGGCUUAAUUGCUGGGUCAAUGCAGUCUAUUGUAGCUGCUCCCCUAGAUGCUCUACAGGUUCGCCUCAGAACCAACGACAUCAUCGAAGGUCGUUAUCAUAGCAUGUGGCACUAUGGCCAGCAUAAACUUCAGCACAUCGGACUACGUGGUAUUUUCGCCGGCUGGACUCUCUCGUUUCUGCGUGACUCGUUUGGCAGUGCCGUCUUCUUUUCGUUCUUCGAGUACAUCAAAUCGCAGGCGUACUACUCUUUCCUCACUAGGUAUUAUGGCUCCUUACACUCUGAUAAGGGGGGCUCAUUACAAUCAACCCAGUCCAGCGAUCGUGGGGUGCCGCUGAUCAAGCCGCAUUAUGCCUUGGAGCCCUGUUUCCUACUCGCCGCUGGCCUCACCGCAUCUGUUGCUCAGCAGUCAAUCCAAUAUCCAAUAAAUGCUGUACAGAACAUACACGUUGCGCGGUUGGAAUAUCUUGACCAUCAAGCAACUUUGCGCCCUCCGAAGAGGCAAAUGCUGCAGAUCUAUUACUUAGCAUACCAGGAAACGUAUAAGCGGUGCAAAAGGAAAGCUGCUCGGGCUGGAGGCUGGAUCAGAUGGCUAUAUCGGGGAUUCUUGGGAAAUGCUCUUCGUCAAGUUCCCAGCACAAGUGCUGGACUCGUGAUAUUCGAAUUGGUGCGACGCAAGCACGCGAACAUGGCAGAUGCCACAUACAUACGAAAAGAUGGCUAUGAUAUCCUGCUAUCAUGA